AUGGAAGGCAGUUCCAAGAUGAGCAGCCCAAAGGGGAAGAAAGAUGAUCUCUACCAUGUUAUUCACAAGGUUCCUUCUGGUGAUAGCCCUUAUGUUAGAGCCAAACAUGCCCAGCUAGUUGAAAAGGAUCCGGAGGCUGCGAUAGUUUUGUUUUGGAAGGCAAUAAAUGCAGGAGACAGAGUAGACAGUGCCCUAAAAGACAUGGCAGUGGUGAUGAAGCAACUGGACAGAACUGGAGAAGCCAUUGAAGCUGUCAAGUCUUUCAGAGGCCUCUGCUCUAAACAGGCCCAAGACUCACUUGACAAUGUCCUCAUCGACUUGUACAAGAAAUGUGGCAAAAUUGAGGAGCAAAUUGACUUGCUCAAGAGAAAGCUAAGGCUUAUAUACCAAGGAGCUGCCUUCAAUGGAAGACCCACCAAGACUGCGCGCUCUCACGGAAAGAAGUUCCAAGUUUCGGUUACGCAAGAGACCUCGAGAUUACUGGGCAAUUUGGGCUGGGCCUAUAUGCAAAAGGGGAACUUCAUGAUGGCGGAGGUGGUGUACCGGAAAGCCCAAAUGAUCGACCCGGACUCGAACAAGGCCUGUAACUUGGGCCUUUGCCUGAUCAAACAGGGCCGGUACGAAGAUGCCCGUUUGGUCCUUGAAGAUGUGUUGGAAAGUAGACUUCCGGGCUCUGAUGAGAGCAGGUCAAGGAAACGAGCCGAUGAGUUGCUAAUGGAGCUGAGGUCCAUGCAUUCUCAACCUGAGUCGUUCGAUCUAUUGGGCCUGGAUGAUGAUUUGGUCAAGGGGCUUGAGCAGUUGAUGAAUGAAGGGGGCCCAGUUAGAUCCAAGAGGCUCCCCAUAUUUGAAGAAAUCUCUCAAUUUAGAGAUCAAGUGGCAUGUUAA